AUGGACCUUCACGACUUACCUAUAGACAUUCUUCUCAAGGUGCUUCCCAUUCAACAAAACUUGUUAAACUUCCCACGACAAACCAUAAUCAGCUGGCUUAACUUGCUCCCACAGAAACAACUGUUUUGUAUCUUGGCAAACACGGGUGUUGGAUUACAUGAAGCUUACGAUGCUGUCAAUGGAGUAAUUUAUGUCAGAACAAUGUCUGGAAUGGUUCGAUUGGUAAAAAUCACAAUGGCUGAAAGAUUGAAGUUGAACGAUACUUUUAGGUUUUUCGUAUUCAUCAACUUUGGACCUCUGGUCGGCAAGAAAUACCUCAACAAAUACUUGAUAUUUGAUUUUCAACGUUUGGGGGCAGAGCUUCUAUUUGAAAAUUUUUCUCUUUUCCACUUCAUAUGCAUAUGGGCUGGCAAUGAUGGUUUUUUUAUUUGUCCUUGGAUUCAUUUCAUGGCGUUCAAGUUGGAUCACCAAUUUCCAACAGAUAUAAAAGUUUCAUGUCCCACCCUAUUGGAACUGAACAAGGAUUUUGGCUCCUUGUUUUCAAACUCACUUUUAAGACACAAUUCAGUUAUAGGGAACCUUUUUUUUGCUACUCGCCAAGAGCUUUUCAGGCUUGCUAAAAUUGUGAAAGUGAAUAUGACUGUUGGCCAAUAUGUGAAGUUUGUUAAACACAUGCAAAAUUCAUGUUCGAGAAGUCGUUUCUGUCCACAUACCCUAUCUGUAAGAAUAGCUUUCGAAGUAAUUGGAAGCAAUAGUCAACCAUCGCUGUCGUCAUCGUUAUCGGUUCAAACUCGCAACAAGGUUGAUGACAAUUAUCCAGCUGAUUUUCCAAGCAGUUGGAUAAACCAAGUUUUUAAUCUAUCUGUAAUAAAAUCAUUCACAUUGCAUUUCCUUGCACCAAGUACUCAAAUUAGUCAACUCGCAUCACUAUUAUAUAACAUGCCCAAAUUAACUCUGCUUGAUUUAAGUUUUGACAAUUUGGAUGUCUUGAAAAUACCGGAAAUGAUACGACCCAAAAGAGAGUCUUUAAACAUUCGACUCCAAAUGAAUUUCAAGCAUUGUUUUUUUCAACUGCAUUCUUGGUUGGAAGGUGGGGACCAUUGGCUGGUUUCCAUCAAGGAUGAUUAUGUCAUAUUGAACUAUGCGAAUGAGCCACGAACUCAGAAUAAGUUUUUCAGAAUGUUGAUGUUUUACAAGUAUAUCCAAUUCAAAUCUCGAAGACGCAGAGUCUUGAAGAGAGCACUAAAAUGA